CCAAUGAAUACAUGGGUUUAUCCCUCUUUCUCCUUAAAUUCCCACCUCCACCAACACAAAGAAAGAAAGAAAAAGAAAGGUACUUGCUACUACCCCCAUUAGCAUUAAGCAUUUUCUCUUGAUCCACUAGCAGAAAUGGCUCAAGAAUGUAGUGGGAGCUCUGUGGCUAUCUCUUCCUCUACGCCUCCUGCUGUAGGCUGUUGGUGGGAUCUUCAUCAUCAUCAUGCAAGCUCUCUUUCUCCAUGGCACCAACCAAACCCUAGUUCUAAUUCUUCUUGUGAAGAGGAUGUCUCCAUGUCUACAUCUUUUACUAAUGCUUCCAAUCACUCGGGGCUAACUGUUGAGUCGUCUCGCCGACUUGUUGAGCCUGCUGCUUCUUCUCCUAAUGAGUUGAUAGGAGAACAUGCUUCUGAUAGUCAACUGUGGAGUCAUAUUCUAUUAGGAGUUGGAAGCAAUGGAGAGCUGCAAAACAAUCAAGAUGUUGGAGAAAACUUGCUCGAUGCACUAUCAUCAAGAAGCAUUAAUUCAUCUGGGAUAUUCGAACCGGCAUGUGAUUACUUGAAGAAAAUAGAUCACAAUUGGGAAUUUACAUCAUCCUUUAACAACUUUGAAAAGCAUAUAAAUGGUUUUAGUACUGAUCAUCAUCAUCAAAGCUUGAUUGAAAGUGAUCAAAGGGUGACCAAGUUGUCCAACUUGGUAAACAACUGGUCUAUUGCUCCUCCUGAUCCUGGAGUGGUAAGCAAUAAUCGCGAUUUCGAUCCAAUGACAUGCAGUAUAUCAUUAAGUAGUGUAAAUCACUACUCGCCUCAGCCUCAAACAUUCAGUGAUUCUGCGUCGUGCGGGACAGCAGGAAUGGGAAGAAAUUCUGGUUUGAUUUUAUCAUGUUACGGAUCACAUGAUCAUGUAAAGGUAGAAAAUGAUCACGAACAUCAAAAUCAUCAUCGCCAUGUAGAAGCACCAGCAGCAGGUUAUGUUCUGAGAAGGUCAACGUUUAAUAAUAAUGGAGCUGGAGUUGGAUAUCAUAUUGGUCUGAACAACGGCUCGGUUAUGGCAGAUAACAGCAAAUACUAUUAUGGAACAACUGAAAAUACAAGUGCAAGAACCUUCAAUGAUGGUUUAACUUUUAAUGGUCGACUUAACAAGCCAUUGAUUGAUAUUCAAGGCCAUAAACCUUGCUUUAAAUCCUUGAAUUUAUCUGAUUGUAGAAAGCAAGGACUUCAAACUUCCUCACAGACGGUCAGAGGACAGGGGAAUUCAAGUGAAGGAAAGAAGAAAAGAUAUGAGGACACUUCAGAGACAAUCCCGAAAAAGCCUAAGCAUGAGAGCUCUACAGCUUCAUCUGUAAAGACGCAGGCACCAAAAGUCAAGCUUGGGGACAGAAUCACAGCCCUUCAACAAAUUGUGUCGCCAUUUGGAAAGACUGAUACAGCCUCUGUGCUAUUAGAAGCAAUUCAGUAUAUAAAGUUCUUGCAAGAGCAAGUGCAGCUAUUGAGUAACCCUUACAUGAAGAGCAAUUCACACAAGGAUCCUUGGGGAGGGCUGGAUAAGAAAGCACAGGGAGAUGCAAAAGUUGAUCUGAGGAGCAGGGGUCUUUGUUUGGUUCCAAUUUCAUGUACUCCUCAGAUUUAUCAUGAGAAUACAGGAUCAGAUUACUGGACACCAACAUACAGAGGAUGCCUGUAUAGAUGAUGAAAUCUAAUCAAGUACAUAUACAAUUGUGUUUUUCUUUUUUCUAGUAAUGCAACGUGACUUCAAUAUAUGGAAGUGAUGAUAUCAAAGUUUUCUCAAAAAUCUUCAUGAGGAGUUAAGACUCAGUUGCUCAAGCAAUUUGUUGUUGAUAUGGAUGGAUGAGUUUAAUCACGACCCAUA